AGCCGGGCGAGGUGGUGGUGUGCGCGAGGGGGGUGGCACUAGCGCGUAUGAGAUAGACAGGAUAGCAAGAGCAGCAGCAUUAGGAGUGGGUGGUGGUGUUGGUUGGUGGAGCGAAUUAGUGGAGAGGUGGUGGCGCGGGCGGGGCAGAGAGGAGGGUGCGGUGGUGGAUGAGGGAGGUGGCAGGCGGUGUGUGGUGCUGCUGACGUGUGAGGACACGGGGUGUGGCAUCGCAGAGGAGGAGCAGCACGACGUGUUUCAGACGUUCAUGCAGGCACACCAGAAGAGACACGCGCAUGGCGGCGGUGGCAUGAGCCUUCACUUGUCUCGCCAGCUGGUGUCCCUUUUGGGCGGCAGCAUGGGUCUGCUCAGCACAGAGGGUGUCGGCACCACUCUGCAUGUCGCUUUGCCAUUCGAUGCGGAAGGCGCAGGCGCAGUGGAGGGGCCGGGUGAGAAGGUGGUGAGCGCCAAGGAGGCUCUCAAGGAGAUGCUUCAGGGCAUGGCGAUCCUGGUGGUGGACGACAAUCCGAUCAACCGGCGGGUGGCGGCGAGCACGCUGGCGCGGUACGGGGCGGAGGUGGCGCUGGCAGAGUCGGGCGAGGCGGCACUGCGCCUGCUGCAGGCGCGCCACUCCUUCCGCCUCGUGCUCAUGGACCUCCACAUGCCCACCCUCGACGGUUUCCAGACCACCGCCCGCCUGCGCGCCCUCGAGGCCGCCGCCUACGCGGCCCGGGGGGCCUGCAGGGGGGGCAGUGGGGUUGGCAGCAGCGGCGGCACAUUCAUGUGGUUGCCAUGUCAGCAGAUGUGGACAGCACUAUUCCUGCCCGUGCCACAGAGGCUGGCAUGGAUGGUGCCGUGCAGAAGCCACUCAAUGAGAGAGUGCUCCUGCAGGUGCUCUCAACAUUAA